AUGGGGAAGCCAAAGAGGAAAAAUGACGCGAGCCGAGCCGAGCUGAUGAUGAUGACCAUCGCGGACGUCAUCAAGCAGCUGGUGGAGGCUCACGAGGAGGGGAGAGACAUCAACCUCAACAAAGUGAAGACAAAGAUAUCGGCCAAGUAUGGUCUGGAUAAUCAGCCUCGUCUGGUGGACAUAAUAGCUGCUGUUCCGCCUCAGUACCGACGAGCUCUGGUGCCCAAACUGAAGGCUAAACCCAUCCGCACUGCUAGUGGGAUUGCAGUCGUUGCUGUGAUGUGUAAACCACACAGAUGUCCUCACAUCAACUUCACCGGAAACAUCUGUGUUUACUGUCCUGGGGGUCCAGACUCUGACUUUGAAUACUCUACACAGUCCUACACUGGCUACGAGCCGACGUCCAUGAGAGCCAUCAGAGCCCGGUAUGACCCCUUCCUCCAGACCAGGCAUCGAGUAGAACAGUUGAAGCAAUUGGGACACACUGUGGACAAGGUGGAGUUCAUCGUUAUGGGUGGGACGUUCAUGGCGCUUGCCGAAGAAUACCGGGAUUACUUCAUCAGGAACCUCCACGACGCUCUCUCUGGACACACCUCUAACAAUGUGGCAGAGGCCGUCAGAUAUUCAGAGCGGAGUAAUACAAAAUGUGUAGGGAUCACCAUAGAGACGCGCCCUGACUACUGCCUGAAGCGACACUUGAGUGACAUGCUGAACUACGGCUGCACGCGGCUGGAGAUCGGGGUGCAAAGUGUGUAUGAGGACGUGGCCCGGGAUACAAACAGAGGUCACACUGUGAAGGCGGUGUGCGAGUCCUUCCAUUUGGCAAAAGACGCUGGAUUCAAAGUUGUGGCACACAUGAUGCCAGACUUGCCCAACGUAGGAAUGGAACGGGACAUUGAACAGUUUAUCGAAUUCUUUGAGAACCCAGCGUUUAGACCAGACGGCUUGAAGCUAUACCCGACUCUGGUGAUCCGCGGGACAGGUCUGUACGAGCUGUGGAAGACUGGACGUUACAAGAGCUACUCCCCAAGCGCUCUGGUCGACCUGGUGGCUCGAAUCCUGGCCCUGGUUCCCCCCUGGACAAGAGUCUACAGGGUGCAGAGGGAUAUCCCCAUGCCGUUGGUGAGCUCUGGCGUGGAACAUGGUAAUCUGAGGGAGCUGGCCUUGGCCCGGAUGAAGGACUUGGGCACUGAGUGCAGAGAUGUGCGAACAAGAGAAGUGGGUAUUCAGGAGAUUCAUCACAAAGUCAGGCCUUACCAGGUGGAGCUGGUGAGGAGGGACUACGUGGCCAACGGCGGCUGGGAGACCUUCUUGUCCUACGAGGAUCCAGAGCAGGACAUUCUGAUCGGACUCCUGCGCCUGCGCCGCUGUUCCCCUCAGACGUUCCGACCGGAGCUCAAAGGUGGCGCCUCCAUCGUGCGAGAGCUGCACGUUUACGGAAGCGUGGUCCCGGUCAGCAGCCGCGACCCCAGCAAGUUCCAGCAUCAGGGGUUCGGCAUGAUGCUGAUGGAGGAGGCGGAGAGGAUUGCCAGAGAGGAACACGGCUCCAAUAAACUGGCUGUCAUUUCAGGCGUCGGCACGAGAAACUACUACAGGAAGAUGGGCUACGAGCUGCAAGGCCCUUAUAUGGUCAAGGAUCUCUGCAGAGAGGAGGCGGAAGGAUUUUAA